AUGGCGCUGACGAAGGAGGAGCAGUCGCUCAAGUUCGAUCUGCGACAGAACAUGGACAUGAAGAUGUUCUUCCUGUACCUCAGCCGCAUCAAGACCAUCAAGAGCCUGUGGAAGGGUCUCAACUCCUCGGCCCAGCAGCUCAAGCGCCGAGCGGACGAGGUCGACGCGGCCCGACACGACGACGCGUGA